AUGGGGUCCACCUCUCCUCAAGCGCCUCUAACCACGGCGUCUAGCAACGAGUCGGAAGCUCAGACUCCAACAGAUAUCGAGAAGAAUCUCGAGAAAGCCAAGACGGAUGAGCAUCGAGACUCUCCCGACAGUCCGUCUGUCCAUGCUGCGACACCCGGCCUUGAGAAAGUCUACACAUCAGCGAAAGAUUGGGAUGGACCGGACGACAAAGGCAACCCACGCAAUUGGCCUCUUUGGAAAAGGGCGUACCAUAGCGGCGUGACCGCGCUCCUGUCCUUCGUCGUCACAUACGGCACCAGCGCAUACUCUCCAGGUAUAUCAAAGGUGGCGGAGGACCUCGACGUUUCCGAAGAAGUUGCCAUUCUGGGUCUCAGUCUGUACGUCCUUGGUCUAUCAUUUGGCCCGGUGGUUGCAGGCGGGAUGUCGGAGACCUUCGGUCGCAAGGCGGUAUACAUCUGGUGCACGCCAAUAUCGUUGUUGUUCACAUUAGGUGCUGGGCUGUCGAAAAACAUCACGUCGCUUCUGAUCACGAGGUUCUUCGCCGGUGUGACAGGAUCGGGACCACUUGCGGUCGGCUCAGGAACGACGGCAGAUGUGUGGGAACCCAUCGACUGGGCAGCUGCGGCCUCGCUGUGGAUCCUUGCGCCCUUCCUAGGGCCUGCCUUGGGCCCAGCCACAGCCGGUUAUCCUAUUCAGAAAGGGACCUGGAGAUGGGGUCAAUGGCUCUUACUUUGCGCAGGCGGCUUCGCCUGGCUGUUUGCAUUGUUUCAACAGGAAACAUACAAGAAAGUCAUCCUGCGCAAUCGAGCAAAGAAGUACGGUCUUCCUCCACCACACGAUCCGUUGCCUCCUGGCUUUGCCAAAGUCAAGGCUCUGUUCAACGUCACGGUCCUCCGUGCGCUUCGCAUGCUAUUCACCGAACCGAUCUGCACAGCAUUUGCAGUCUACUGCAGCUUCACGUUUGGCGUGCUCUUUGCAUUCUUUCCAGGAGUCACGUGGGUCUUCCGCACUGUGUACGGCUUCAGUGUUGGCCAGGCAGGACUGGUGUUCAUCGCGAUUGGCGUCGGCUGCAUUUUGGGCACAGGCGUCUUCAUAUUCAUUGAUCGUGUCACAUACCGACCCCAGGCGCUACGACUGAGGAGCGAAGGCAGCGAGAAGUCAGUGCCACCAGAAGAGCGCUUGUACGCUUCAAUGCUUGGUGCCAUCAUUCUGCCGAUCUCCCUCUUUUGGUUCGCGUGGUCUGCUCGAAGCGAUAUCCACUGGAUCGUUCCCACCGUCGCAUUGGCCUUCUUCGGCGCUGGAAACCAACUCGUUUUUGAUACAGCUGCGACAUACUUGACAUCGGUGUACGGACCUAUGGGCAGCGCGAGUGCAAUGAGUGCGAACAACCUAGCUCGCUAUGCGUGUGGUGCAGCAUUUCCGCUCUUCGCAGUUCAGAUGUUCAGGGGCCUGACGAUUAAAUGGGCUGGGAGUUUGCUCGGCUUCGUUACAAUAGCCCUGCUUCCGAUUCCAUUUUUGUUCUACAAAUAUGGCAAGAGCAUCCGAAGCAAAGGAAGUAUUCCGAAAAGCGACGCUUAA